CGUCCUGGAAAGUGCCUGGGCCUGCGCCGGACGUCGCCCGGGCCGCAGCUUCUGUUUCCGGCCGCUCCAUGGCGGUGGCUACCUGACUGGAAGCCCGAGUGGGAUGCGGCUGACGCGGAAGCGGCUCUGCUCAUUUCUCAUCGCCCUGUACUGCCUAUUCUCCCUCUACGCUGCCUACCACGUCUUUUUCGGGCGCCGCCGCCAGGCGCCGGCCGGGUCCCCGCGGGGCCUCAGGAAGGGGGCGGUGGCCCCGGCGCGGGAGAGACGCGGCCGAGAACAGUUCACUUUGGAAAGUGAAGAAUGGAAUCCUUGGGAAGGAGAUGAAAAAAAUGAGCAACAAUACAGAUUUAAAACUAGCCUUCAAGUAUUAAAUAAAUCCACGAAAGGAAAAACAGACCUCAGUGUACAAAUCUGGGGCAAAGCUGCCAUUGUCCAAGCUGGCAGUGUUUCUGCUCAUACAACAUUCUGAAGAACCUUGUGGGCCUCCUGUGUAUGUCACAGGAUUCACUCCAUUAGAUGGGAAGCUCCUCUGCAGAUCUUUUCUGAGUAAUCCCAUCUCCAUUUCUGGCUUCUGCUGAGGUGGCUGAGGAGACCUAGCUUUCAUUCAGGUGAAAUCAUGAUAAAACAUCAGGAGCUGCCAUAAGGAGAAAAGAUGUAGUGGCAUUUGUCUGUGAAGGGGAUCAUGCAUUCAGGGAUAUGUGUUCAAGUGAGGAGGAGGCUUGUAUCUCUGGGAGCAUAUUUUUGAAGGCUUACUUGAUCCCAGCGAUGUGACUGCUCAAUGGAGAGAAGGAAAGUCAAUCGUAGGAAGAACACAAUACAGAGAUGGGGGUCUUGCUAUGUUGCCCAGACUGGAGUGCAGUGACUGUUCACAGACAAGAUCAUAGCAUACUACAGCCUCGAACUCCUGGGCUCAAGAGAUCCUCCUGCCCCAGCCUUCUGAGUAGCUGGGAAUAUAGCUUCAUCACUGGUCCAGCUGUAAUACCUGGGUACUUCUCUGUUGAUGUGAAUAAUGUGGUACUCAUUUUAAAUGGAAGAGAAAAAGCAAAGAUCUUUUAUGCCACCCAGUGGUUACUUUAUGCACAAAAUUUAGUGCAAAUUCAAAAACUCCAGCAUCUUGCUGUUGUUUUGCUCGGAAAUGAACAUUGUAAUAAUGAGUGGAUAAACCCAUUCCUCAAAAGAAAUGGAGGCUUCGUGGAGCUGCUUUUCAUAAUAUAUGACAGCCCCUGGAUUAAUGACGUGGAUGUUUUUCAGUGGCCUUUAGGAGUAGCAACAUACAGGAAUUUUCCUGUGGUGGAGGCAAGUUGGUCAAUGCUGCAUGAUGAGAGGCCAUAUUUAUGUAAUUUCUUGGGAACGAUUUAUGAAAAUUCAUCCAGACAGGCACUAAUGAACAUUUUGAAAAAAGAUGGGAACGAUAAGCUUUGUUGGGUUUCAGCAAGAGAACACUGGCAGCCUCAGGAAACAAAUGAAAGUCUUAAGAAUUACCAAGAUGCCUUGCUUCAGAGUGAUCUCACAUUGUGCCCAGUCGGAGUAAACACAGAAUGCUAUCGAAUCUAUGAGGCUUGCUCCUAUGGCUCCAUUCCUGUGGUGGAAGACGUGAUGACAGCUGGCAGCUGUGGGAAUACAUCUGUGCACCACAGUGCUCCUCUGCAGUUACUCAAGUCCAUGGGAGCUCCCUUUAUCUUUAUCAAGAACUGGAAGGAACUCCCUGCUGUUUUAGAAAAAGAGAAAACUAUAAUUUUACAAGAAAAAAUUGAAAGAAGAAAAAUGUUACUUCAGUGGUAUCAGCACUUCAAGGCAGAGCUUAAAAUGAAAUUUAGUAAUAUUUUAGAAAGUUCAUUUUUAAUGAAAAAUAAAAGUUAACUUAAUUAUCUUUUUGAGCUAAGAU